CUCUCUUUUCCCUUCUCUCUCAUCAAACUCUCUCUCUUCCCUUCUCUCUUCCCUUUCUCUCUGAUCCGCCGCCGCCGCCGCCGCCCAUAGUCGCCGUCGUCGCGCCGCCCGACUCCACCUUCGUCAUCCUGAGCCGCCCACUCCACCGCCUUGCCGCUGCCGUUCCAAACUUGUGCAGCGAAUCAUAGAUUUCCAGAUCCGAUCUCAACACAAGUGUUUUCCUCUCACUCUCUUCUCUCCCAAACCCCAUAUCAUUACAUGGUGUGGAAAAUGAUCCAGAAAAAGAUGGAAUAUGUUGAAGUAAUAGUCUUGAAGGAACCAAUUCAUCAUUUACGGGCACAUGAUGAAACAAUUUUUGCAAUUACUGAAAGCCAGGGAAUAAAGCUAAUUAAAGAAUCAAGAGUGAUAGGAGAUAUUAUCAAAGGUAAGGAAGCAAAGUGCAUGGCAGUGGCUCAGAGAAAGUUAUACAUUGGUUGCACAGAUUCAAGCAUACAGGAGUAUUCCACACCAUACAACCGGGAAAUAGAAAUCAAAGCACGUACAAGGAGUUGGAGGAAGCAAAGUAAGCCCAUCAAUUCAGUUGUAGCAUUAUGUAGCUGAUCUUUAUAUUUUGUGUUUUUCUUAAAUAUGUCAGAUUGAGGACCAGGGUUUGAGCAGCAGCUUUUUUCUUUCAUUUGUGGAGGAGGAUGUUUGCUCUGAAAUCUGUGUACUUGAGCCUUUACUGGAAUUAAGUGAUACUGAUCAAGACAUUUAAGGGAAUGGAAAAAUUAAAGCCAAAAAUCAAGCCAUGGAGUUCUCUGUGGACCAUGAUUGGUGUGCAGUAGUUAAAAUACUACUGAACCUCCUGCUUGAUGAAACUUUUUGUUGUACAAGGGAAAGGAAUUGUUGUAUUUUUUUGUAUUUUAUGAUUGUUGUUUAUAAGAAGCUAUUGUUGUAUUUUUUGAGGCAUAUUUUUGUCCUGUUUAUCUAAUUCGGUUGAAAAGGAUGCUGAUAUAAAAAUUUAUAUC